UAAACCGAUCAAAGGGUUAUUUUAAGAAAGAAAUCUGAAGCUGUAACUUUGCGGUACUGUUAUCCGCAAUCACAUUUUGUUAGGCCUUGUUUAUAUUAUUUUGUUUUCUUUAAACAUAAACCUUACAAAGUAUAUAAAAUAAAAAAUAUAUAUAUAUACUUCGAUUAGUUAAUAUUUGACACGCAACUCAUUAUCAGGCGGUAUUAAUCCGCUAGUUGUAUCGGCACAAGUGUAUUACACGGUACACUGUAUCGCCUCGAAUAACUUCUCUAUCAUUUUCAGAAUGUUUUAUUUGACCAUUUUUGCUAAAAAAAAAAAAAAAAAAAUACGGCUUUAAAUGUCAUGAAUCAAAAACAUAACCAUAAUCCAAUUUUCGUCAACUACGGUGCGCAAACAAAAAGCGAUUUUACUUGCAAAUGGUAUCAUAUCUCGGCCUGAGUGGGCUGCCAGCUGCUCGUUCAAACCCCUUCCGCAUUUUCCUGCAGCUCUCAGGCUGUGACGUGACGUGCUGACGGCGGACUCGGCGCUGGAGAAGCUGCGGGCUGUUGCCUGUCUCUGUGUGUCAGUACAGCUCGGAGAAGCUCGGCCCCUCCCUCCUUGCCGUCUCAACGACCCGCCCCGCCGAGACAAGCUCCCGAUCGAGCCCGACCCGAGACUGGGGGGAACCCGAACGGCCUUGGCAGCGGGGGAAAAAAAGUAGCCACCGACCGACAGCAAAUAACAGGACUUCUGGUAAGCGAGACGCGGUGCGGGAAAUCAGCGCGUUUAAAACCGCGAGCCUUCCCGGGACUACCAUCAAACUCUGUCAAACUGACAGAUGAAGUGUAAAGACCAUGGAUGGAGAUGUAACUGCACUUGAACUGCAUCCACAAGAGACCAAGGUGAUUUUUGAUGCAUCAGAAAGCGAUGCCAACACCACUACUCUCAUCAACGGAGAUGAUAUCUUGGUUGAAGUGCAAGAAACUGUCUAUGUUUCGGAGGUGGUGUGCUCUGAUGUGACAGUCCACAGCUUAGCCCCUGAAGACCUGGACACAGUGGUGAUCCAGGAUGCCAUCGAGGAUGUUGUUGCAGAGUAUGUGCAUGCCGGCCCGCAGGCAGAGGAGUCUGAAACGGUUCUCGUUCCUGAAGGGGUGUUGGACACAGACGUCACCACGGAGGUCUCUUUGGAUCCCUGUUCGGUACCAGAAGAUGCUCUGUCUCCCCAGGUCAUUGCCUCCGCACAGGAGGAUCCUCUGGAGACCCAGUCCAUGCACUUGACUGAGGUGGGGUGUGUGGAACGUGUUGCGCACGCCGACGGCUCUCAAGCAGACAUCCCUGUGGAUGAGCUGCAAGUUGACGUUGUUCCUGAAGAGGUUCUGGUGACAAACUGUUCCUCCGAGGCUGUGAUCGACGCCAAUGGGAUUCCAGUGGAGGACCAGGCUAGCUGCGGGGAUUUCCUGAUGAUUUCUUUGGAUGAGACAGGUAAAAUUGUACACGAUGAAAAUGGAGAGAUGUCCAUGGAUCCAGGCAUGUCGGAGAACGACGACCCCUCGAAAGAAGACAGCGCUGAAGUCAUUAAGGUCUACAUCUUUAAAGCUGACUCUGGAGAAGAUGACCUUGGCGGUACAGUUGAUAUAGAAGAGAGUGAAAAUGAUAAUGGAGUGGUGGAGCUACUGCAUCAGGCAGGCAUUGGCUGUGCAUCCAGAGAGAAGAUGGUUUAUAUGACAGUUAAUGACUCCCAGCAAGAAGACCUCAAUGUUGCUGACAUUGCUGAUGAGGUGUACAUGGAGGUGGUUGUCGGGGGGGAGGAGGCGGUGACGCAUGAACGGGAAUAUGACAGUUCAGCUCUCAGCAAAGAUUACAUGCCUGUAGCAUGGGCGGCUGCAUACGGUCAUGAUGAAAGUGAGGCUGUUGAGAACAGGCACGGUGCUGCUAGUGCGCUCCUUCACAUCGAUGAUUCUGUGAACACAGAGAAGCUGGGGAAGCAGAAGAGCAAGAAGAGGAAGAGAGUUGACACCAGGCAGUUCCAGACAGUUAUGACGUCAAACCAUCAACAAAUCUACAAUGGCAGAAGUAGAGCAGCUAUUAUUAUUGGCCCUUACGGACAGCCGUUGACAGUCUACCCUUGUGUUAUUUGUGGAAAGAAAUUUAAAUCCAGAGGAUUUCUUAAGAGGCACAUGAAGAACCAUCCUGAAAUCCUAAACAAGAAAAGAUACCAGUGCACAGACUGUGACUUCACGACCAACAAGAAGGUCAGUCUGCAUAAUCACAUGGAGAGUCACAAGCUCACGAGCAAAGUGGAGAAAGCCGUCGAGUGCGACGAGUGUGAGCAGGAGUUUCCACACGCAGGUGCAUUGUACACCCACAAGAUGGUCCACAGGGAGAAGGCAACCACUAAGAUGCAUGCGUGCAAAUUCUGCGACUACGAAACAGCAGAGCAGGGCUUGCUGAACCGGCACCUCCUGGCCGUGCACAGCAAGAACUUUCCUCACAUCUGUGUGGAGUGCGGAAAGGGUUUCCGCCACCCUUCAGAGCUCAAGAAACACAUGAGAACACACACUGGAGAGAAACCAUACCAGUGCCUUUACUGCGAAUACAAAUCUGCUGACUCCUCCAAUCUUAAAACACACGUCAAGACUAAGCACAGCAAAGAGAUGCCGUACAAAUGCGAACGCUGCUUCCAGACCUUCGCGGAGGCAGAGGAACUCCUGCAUCACACCCUCACUCACGAAGAAGGCAAAACCCACCAGUGUUCGCACUGUGACCACAAGAGCUCCAACUCCAGCGAUUUGAAAAGGCACGUCAUCUCGGUUCAUACCAAGGACUACCCCCACAAGUGCGACGUGUGCUUCAAAGGGUUUCACCGGCCGUCCGAGCUCAAGAAGCACAUGACGUCACACCGGAACAAGAAGGUGCACCAGUGCCGACACUGCGACUUUAAGAUCUCCGAUCCGUUCAUCCUCAGCCGCCACAUCCUGUCGGUGCACACCAAAGACCAGCCGUUCGCGUGCAAGCGCUGUAAAAGGAGUUUCGGGCAGCGGAACGACCUGAAGAAGCACGUCAAGGUCCACAGAGGCAGGCGGAUGUACCAGUGCCAGUACUGUGAUUACAGCACGGCCGACGCUUCGGGAUUCAAGAGGCACGUUAUUUCCAUCCACACGAAAGAAUAUCCCCACCGCUGCGAUUACUGCACUAAAGGCUUCCGGAGACCGUCUGAGAAGAACCAGCACAUCAUGAGGCAUCAUAAAGACAUGGUGUCGGCAGAGUGAUGGGGCAGGACACCAGUGCUGGGAACCUCUGUCUCAUUCUGUUAAAUCCUAAGGACAUUUCAUUUUUUGUUAAAUGUUAAAUCCUUUAUUUGUUCUUCGGUUGUCAAUUUUAGAUUGUUUGUAAUGUCUCGUGUGUGUUACCUGCCUUGUGUGUUGAGUGUUUUUUUUUUUUUUUUUUUUGAAAAAUACAGAUUCAAACAAUACUUUGAAUCCUAUGAUUGAAACUGAUUUUAAUUUUUUUUUGUUUGUUUUAAAUAUCUUUAGCUGUGUCUUGCAUGUCGUACUUCUGUUCUAAGGAUUACUUCGUCGGACAGUUGUUUUAUCUCUAUUAGCUAUUAAACUCAACGCAAGCACUUAAUUGUCAGCAGGUGAGGCCAUUGUAUCUCUCAGGGCCCUGCUGUUUCCAGAAGUCUCUGGUUCAUACAUCAUUACCAGAACCCCUUUCCUCUCUACACCACUCUUCGUACUUGGGUGUGAUUUAACUCUGAUUUCUCUUGGUUUAACACAUUCACUGUAAGGGACACUGCAUUAAAAACAAUCCUGUCCUGGGUGAGCAUGUUUUUAAGUAGGAAGUGAAUAUUUAUUGGCUUUGUUAAAUAGCAAUAUCAGGGAUUGAGGUUUGAAAUCUAUUGCUUAUAGCAUUAUUAUAUAUUGCUAAUUUCCACCUAAUGACAACUUGAACAACCUUAUCCAGUUGUUUGGAUGGAACACAGAGUUUAUUUGAGCUGUUCCCUUAAAUAAAAGGUUGUCUGUUGUCCUUAAGAAUUAAAAAUACUAUACAAUAUAUAUAUAUAUAUAAAAUCACAGUUACUGCUUCCCCAGGGGACAAAGAGUGUAUUUUUAACCUUUAUGUUAAAGUAAGUACUCCAUAUUGUAGUAUGCUUUUUCUUUGGCUGUCGUUCGUCAUGUGACCCAUUGUCAGACAGCAAGCAGUAGGGUCUAAAAGAUCAAUUUAAAUGUUUAAUGCCACUAGUGCUGCGCUACACAACUUUCUGAGCAGGUCCUGGGUGUUGUUGAAUUAUUUCAAACGUACUGAAAUGUUGUUUUAUAUUGUAAGUUAUUUCAAUGUAAUACAGGCCCCUCUGUUCCCCAGAUUAGGGGGUCUAAUGUUAUAAACACGUUCAUUUAACACAGAAAUGUUUUCUUGUUAAUAGAAAUGCAGUUUAUAUAGAUUUUUAUGAAAUAAAUUUGGCAUUUUUGUCAACAUAAUGGUACACACAUCUUUCGUACUCCCUGCUGAAACUUUGUGCUGCUGUCUAAACCUGUCCUGUUAUCAGUUCCAAAAUUCAGCAUAAUAAUAACCAGCAAGAGGCUUCUUAAUGCUUACUCAAGAUGGUAUUAAGUGAUGAAAAUUGACACAGUGCUGUACCUUCAUUAAAUUACAUUUUUUAACACAUUUAGUAUGUUGUUUUUCCUGUGGAUAUGGGGAUAGCUUUGUGAAAUUGUUAAAACUGUUUAAAUUAUAAUAUAAUCGAAACUAUUGCUUUGUACAAAAAAAAAAAAACCCUUCAAACGUGCCCACUCUAGAUGUAUACUUUGUAAAAAUAAAAACAAAAACCAGGUGAAUCCAGGGCUGUGUAUUGUAAUGUGUGGACGUGAUAUAACUUGUAAAAAAAAAUUAAAUUCAUUAUUUUUUCUUGA